AUUAUGAAUCUAUAAAUUGAACUUUUGCAGCAUGAUAAUUUGUACAGAAAUCCUACUACAACCAUGCAAAAAUACUCCAGUUUCACAUUUUUCUUCUUCCUUACUUUUGUUGAACCCGCUUCUACUUCUUUUGCUGAAGCUAAUGCUCUACUGAAAUGGAAAGCCAAUUUUAUAAAUCAUAACAGCUCGAUAUUAAAAUCAUGGAAUCUUGAAACCAAGAAUUCCACCAAUUUUUCUAGCUAUCCAAAAACAAGUUCCAGUCCAUGCAAUUGGAUUGGAGUUUAUUGCAUUGACGGAAGUGUUAAUAGGCUGAACGUCACAAAUGCAAGCAUUCAUGCCUUCUUCUAUGAGUUUCCAUUCUCAUCAUUCCCAAGUCUUUCUUAUAUAGAUCUCUCAAUCAAUCAUCUUUUUGGCACCAUUCCACCUCAAAUUGGUAAACUCUCCAAACUUGUCUAUCUUGAUUUAUCAACCAAUCAGUUUACAGGAACUGUUCCAACAAAAAUAGGUAAACUCUCCAAACUCAACAAUCUUGAUUUAUCAAACAAUCAAUUUACAAGUCAAAUUCCAACUGCGUUAAGCGGAUUAACUAGUUUAAGAACUCUGUAUCUCCAUACUAAUCAACUUUUUGGUCUCAUCUCUCCUGAGUUGGGAAAGUUGACAUCACUCCAGGACCUAAAAUUGAGCACGAAUGAUCUCACAGGUCAAAUUCCUACUUCAUUGAGUGGAUUAACUAGUUUAAGAACUCUGUAUCUCCAUACUAAUCAGCUUUCUGGUCCCAUCCCUCCCGAGUUGGGAAAGCUGACAUCACUCCAGAACCUAGAAUUGAGCACGAAUAAUCUCACAGGUCAAAUUCCUACUUCAUUGAGUGGAUUAACUAGUUUAAGAACUCUGUAUCUCGAUACUAAUCAACUUUUUGGUCCCAUCCCUCCCGAGUUGGGAAAGUUGACAUCACUCCAGAACCUCACGAAUAAUCUUACAGGUCAAACUCCUACUUCAUUGAGUGGAUCAAACUCCUACUUCAUUGAGUGCAUUAACUAGUUUAAGAACUCUGUAUCUCGAUACUAAUCAACUUUCUGGUCCCAUCCCUCCUGAGUUGGGAAAGUUGACAUCACUCCAGAACCUCACGAAUAAUC